AAAGGGGGAGGUUUGGCCCACCACCCCCACGGCGGAGUGGAUCACACGCUGUAGCGGACGUAUCUUCGGCUCCGCUGUCCCUGUUCGGCUGUUCCCUCUAUUCCAUAUACUCCGCCAAUCUCUACUCAUCACCCGCUAACCCUGUUUCAUCGCCUCCGAGGAGGAGCUGAGUAUUCAUUGCCUGCCGGAGUUGGAUUUGGACUGGGAUGGAUCCGCAAGCCGUGACGAUGAGUAACGGAGGAGGAGGAGGAAGGGAGUUCCACGCCGCUGCUGGUGCGCCGUACAGUCUGGCUGAGAUCUGGCCGUUCGCGAUCAAUGCCGCCGCCGCGAUGCCGGCGAGUUUGAGUCGAGAGAACUUCGCGCCGAUGAGUGGUCCGGUGUUUUUCGAUGGUAUAGCAGGGAAUCAGAACUGCGGCAGACCCAGGAAGCGGCCCGAGGAUGACGAAUCUGCCAAGGGAGUUUCGACCAGCGGCAAUGGCUUGAUUGAGAGCGAUAGCAAGCGAAUGAAGACUGUAGGGUCAAAUUGCAAACCAGAAUCUAAAGCUAAUGGAGAAGAGUCUUCUGGGAAGCCAGCAGAACAACCUGCAAAGCCCUCUGAACCACCCAAGGAUUACAUUCAUGUUCGAGCACGGAGGGGUCAAGCCACUGAUAGUCACAGCUUGGCAGAAAGGGCCAGGAGAGAAAAGAUCAGCGAAAGAAUGAAAAUUCUCCAAGAUAUAGUCCCUGGCUGCAACAGGGUUAUUGGUAAAGCACUGGUCCUUGAUGAGAUAAUAAAUUAUAUUCAAUCUCUACAACGUCAAGUCGAGUUUUUGUCAAUGAAGCUUGAAGCAGUUAAUUCAAGAAUAAGCCCUGGGAUUGAAGGGUUUCCAUCAAAAGAUUUUCCUGCACAGACAUUUGAUGCAGCAUCUACCAUAGCGUUCGGUUCACAAGUUGCCCGAGACUAUCCCCGGGGAACUUCACCAGAUUGGCUGCACAUGCAAAUUGGGGGUGGAUUUGAAAGAACCACAUGAGUAACCAAACAUCCAUAUGUGAAGCUCAGGUAAGAUAAACAAUUGAGGAUCAAAUGAUUUCUCUCACAAGGAGUGGAAUGUAGUUCUAUUGGGUCACAGAUAGGGGAGUGUUGUAGUUUGAUGUGUUUUAUAUAUAUACCCCCAGCUUCAUCCAUUGUAACUCACUGCACAAAAAUUCAUGAAAUGAAAAUUGUUUAGUUGGACAUGGUUGUUCUG